AUGCAGAACCGCUCCAACGAAGCCCCUAUGGACUUUGAGUGGCAGACAAGAGCUCCUGGAGAUGCCACUUCGCCCUUCUACCAACUCGGCCUCAAGAAUGAUCAAUCAAAUGGCCGUCGAACCUUUGCGUCCCCCAUAAAACCCCAGACCCCAGCACCACGCGAGCCGUUGACCCAGACAACCCGCCUCGCGCAGCCCUCUUUUAAUAAUGUCAACCUCACCCGUGGCUCGUCUUUUACGACACCGCGCAAGUUAGAAGUGGAUGUCUCCUCAGGAGCUGAAAACCUUUCAUCUCCGGAGCAUGCAGAUAAUGACGAGACCCCCGAACAACCGUCAAAGGCCACCCGCCGCAAUUCCUUAUUCAACCUCUAUGGCAUGUAUGCUCCGGCUGCUCCAAGUUCUGGCCGUGGGGAAGUGCCACGCUCAAAUAAGUUCCCGCAUGCCCUGGCGAAGAAGGUCCAAAAGCGACGCAGACGAGAUCGAGAGCUCAGACACGUCCGCCAUUUCAGUGAAGACAGCAGUGAUGACCGGCUGAGUAGCCGCGGGUUGGACCGGAAACCACAAAACGCACAACAGAACAACCAAGUUGAAAACACGCAUCAUAUACCCUACCUUUCACGGCUCUUUACCUUUCUCGAAACUCACCCACAUAUUCCUCGAAUACUGUCAUACUACGCUCAAUUCACAUUUAACUUGAUAAUCGCCUUCUUGAUAUUAUACGUCAUUGUUGCUUUCUUACUUGCUAUUAAACACGACGUCGAGAUAGCUAGUGAGAGCCAGUCGGCGGAUAUCCUUGCAGAGAUAGCCAUAUGUACUAAAAACUACGUCGAGAACCGUUGCGGUGACCCUGAUGGGAGGAGACUACCUGCACUGGAAACGGUGUGCGAUAACUGGGAGAGGUGUAUGCAUAGAGAUCCUGCAAAAGUUGGCCGGGCAAGGGUAUCCGCACAGACACUAGCGGAGAUAUUCAACGGUUUUAUCGAACCCAUUAGUUUCAAAGCAAUGUUCUUCUUUAUAUUCUCCAUAGCUCUCUGUGUCACAGUUUCUAACCUUACCUUCUCUUUCUUCCGCAAUAAAUCAAACAAUCCACCUCCAAUGCCGUCCGGUUAUACAGGCUAUACGGCCCCUCCUCACAUGCCCACUCAGCAGUCCCACCUCAGCUACACAUCUGGCCAUUCGAGGCUAGAAAUGGACAAUCCAUUCUUUAGUCACAACGCUCCCCAAGGUGUUUUUAGGGGUGACAAGGGCCCGGAAAGUCGGCCCCAAGGACAACUAGAAAUGGCACCUUCCUCCAGCUAUCCCUCUCACGACCACAUGAGAACUCCAAGCCCAGUGAAGCAGAGGAAGUUUAUGUGA